UGUCAUUUGCCAUCAAACGAGAGUGCCGGUUGGUUUAUUUGAGUGCGUAUUUGGUUAUAUUAAAACAUAAGAAUUAAUUGAUUUUUUAUAUCAUAAACUCUACCUAAAUUACAUUCAAACAUGCUAGCGAAAAAGUUAUUCACUCUAGUGUUCAUAAAUAAGGAAGAUCAGAUAUUAUUGGGACUAAAGAAGCGAGGUUUCGGCAUAAACAAAUGGAAUGGUUUCGGCGGGAAAGUGGAGCCCAACGAAACUAUAUUGGAAGCUGCGGCGAGAGAAUUACAUGAGGAAUGUUGUGUAAGCGUUAAACCUAGUGACUUGAAGAAUAUUGCUCAUCUAGAAUUCACUUUUGAAGGACAGCCUACCUUAAUGGACGUGCGAGUCUUUUCCACGAGUUUGUUUGAGGGAAAUCCUAAGGAAACUGAAGAAAUGCUGCCCAAAUGGUUCAAAAAUAAUGAAGUUCCCUUCGACGAUAUGUGGCCUGACGACAGGAUAUGGUUCCCCUACAUGCUACAGGGCAAAAAGUUCUUUGGUAAAUUCCACUACGAAGGUUUUGAUAAAAUUCUCAAUUAUAAAAUCGAGGAGAUUGAUUGUAUGAAAGCAUUUUACGAGAACAGGAAAUUAACAUAA